AUGAAAGAUUCUGCUGAAAGGGAGCACAUACAGUGGCAUUUCAACCCCCCUUCAGCACCGCAUAUGGGUGGUUUAUGGGAAGCAGGUGUCAAAUCUGUGAAAACCCAUUUGAGCAGAGUUAUAGGAGCUCAAAUUCUCACAUAUGAGGAGUUUUAUACGGUUCUUUGUCUCAUCGAGGCUAUAUUGAACUCUCGCCCGCUAGAAGCAUUGUCUUCAGACCCAGAAGAUGUGUCCGCCCUUUCACCUGGUCAUUUCCUUACCCUUGAACCACUUAAUGCCCUUCCUUAUCCCGAUAUUACCCAACUUCCCUUGAACCGCCUUAGUCGUUGGCAAUGUCUCCAGCGAAUUCAACAAGAUUUUUGGAAACGUUGGCAACGUGAAUACCUGCACACUUUGCAGCAAUGUUCCAAAUGGUACACGCCGGACAAUAAUCCUCCUAAACUUGGAGAUUAA